AUGGCGCAACCAGCGUCAAAGCCAACAUUUUCUAUCGAAGAUACAUCCAAAAGAUUGGAAGUUGAAUUAGCACGAUUAUUGAAUGAAAAAGAUGGCGAUACAAGUUUGGCUCAAGUACUGAUGGAUCGAAUCAUAGGCAAUGUGCGUCGAUUAACCAUGGAACAAGCUGGACAUAUUCUUCGCUUUGUAUUCUAUCCAUUUGGAACGGGCAUACUCAAUCUCAGUUCACAGGUGACAGCUAUCAAGAUGGCUAAUCUUAUGGCUUGGUGGCUAAGAGCAAAGCCCAGUGAAGCUCCAGCACGAGGUUUACUUGAGCAUGUUCGAGAACGAAAAAUUACUGUUGUAACUGUGCUGCCAAAUGGUCAACUUCAAUUUGAUCGACAAGAUAAUCCAAACAAACCACUUACUCUUGUUCAUCUAAUUCGUCUAUUUCGUUGUCCUCAUUGUACUGGCAAAGAGAUGAAUGGAUUAAUUCAAUUACUUACAGAAUGUAUCAAUUUCACUGAGAAUAAUGCUGUUGAUAUGCGUAGAUAUCUUGUUCAACCGACCUUUUUCGAAGCAAUUUGGCGAAUCUAUUUCGAUCCAUUAAUAAUUGAAAGUGCUCAAAGUACAGAUCCGGCAGUUCGUUCCGAUGCUGUUAAUCAGUUAGCAUAUCGAUCAAAACAAACGCUUAUUGUAAAAUGGAGUGAUGGUCGCGAAGACGAAUGCAAUGAUGGACGUGCUCUACCACGUCUACGGGUUAACGAUCUUGUUCACAAAGCACUCGAUGCUUGUCAAAAUUCUGAAGAACUUAAGAAUUUACUAAAACCUAUGAGUUUAACAAGUAUCAAAGCUAUUUAUAUAUAUCCUAUAUGGCUUGAACUUUUUCAUUAUUUAUUGAAGUUAAAAUCAAACCUUUUCGAUAUUGAAAUGUGUGAAAUUAUAUUCGAUCGUUUACAAGUUCUCGAUAUGAUUGGCUAUGAAAAAGAAUUACAACAAUUUAUUAUUUAUCUAUUCAGUGUUUGGCCAACCAUAGAAGAUGAUAAUUUGCAUAAAUUUGUUUUACGUCAUAUUGUUGAAUUUAUAAAAAGAAUUAUCGAUUGUAAAACAGAUGAAUCAAAUACUCUCAUUGAACAAUUAACAGAACAUAUUUGUGCAAAUACACCAGUUUCUAAUGUACGUGGUCAUAUGUGUUUUUAUUUUCUACUUAAAGAAUUACUUCCAAAAUAUUGUGAAGCACGUUUAAUAAAAGCAAUUAAAAAAAUUGAUAAAGGUGUUAUUUUAUAUUUUAUUGAUUAUGUCAUUGAAAAUAAUCAAAAUGAUAUAAAUGAUCAUUGUUCAAUUUUAUUAUCAAUUUUGGAUCAUAUAAGUACAUUUACUGAAAUUGAUUUACUACGUCCACUUAUAACAUAUACUAUUAAAUAUCCAUUAAAUUUGAUUUGUUUUGAACUUAUUAAACAUUCACUUUGUCCAAUAACAACAUUAGUUACAUAUGUUCAACAGGCAACUCAUGAACAAGUAAGUGAAUUACUUGAAUGUAGUGAAACAGAUAUUGCUAAACAAUUCAUUCCAACUCUAUUAACAAUUAUUGAAGCAUUAGCAAAAAAUUCACAAACAGAAAAAUAUAUAUUUGACUCUAGACUUUAUUUGAUUAUUCAAAAAUGGUUAUUAAUUAUUAAUGUUCCAUCAAUAAUUAUUCGUCUUAUUGAAUUACUUCUCGAUAUUGGCUAUUCAAAAUAUAAUAAAUAUAAUACAGAUAUUGCAAAUUUUUUUCUUAAUCAAUAUUUAACUAAAUUUCUAUCGAUUAAUUUCGAAAAUCCUAGUCGAUUGUCUCGUAUUGUCUUAUUUCUUGCUUCAUUUGCUGAUAUUGAUCCAUCGACAACGAUUAGAUGUGAGCCAUUAUUCAAAGCUUUUUUUCGUCAAAUUGAAGAAUCAACUAAUAAUGAAUCGAUGGAUUCAUGUAAAUUUCAUUUGCUUAGUCUUAGUAAUGAAAUUGUCAAAGAACGAUCACGUUCAAAACUUGUUGAAUUACUCUCACCAUUUACAUUGGAUAUUAUACCUAUAUUAGGUCAUACUGGUGAAUUAAAACGAGCUGCUAUUAUUUUACUUGCUGAAAUUUUAGAAUUAUCACCUAAUGAACGUUCUGUACUUGAUGAACUUAUUGAAAAUCAAUCCAAUGAUGAUCAAUCAAAUGAUGUUCUCAUUGGUGAUCAACGACAGCAAGCAUCAUUUUUUUCAACUGAACUUACCAGUACAUCAGAAAUUGUUCGAAUAGGACAUGACGAUUUUAAUCAUGGACAUAAAUUAUUAACAGAUUUAAAAAGUGCUGAAUCACAUAAAAUUGAUCAUAUAUUACGAUCAUAUAUACCACAUCUUCAUUUCGAUCAAUCAUCUCCUAUUAUCGAUCACAAACAACAAAAAGAUCGUUUAAUUUUAACAGCAACAGCACGCGAAAAUGUAACUAAAGUUCUUGAAGUACUUGAUGAUCCCGUUCCGAUUUUACUCGAAGGUAGUACUGGUGUAGGAAAAAGUGCAACUGUUAUGGAAGCAGCUAAAUUAUCUGGUCGUGAACUUAAACGUUAUAAUAUGUCAUCGCGUAUAUCUAUUGAUGAUUUACUUGGUAAAGUAACAAUUGUACCAGGUGAACAAGGUCAAUCAGUACAAUUUAAAUUUGAUAAUGGCCCAUUUACAAUGGCAUUUAUAGAAGGAUAUUGGAUACUUUUUGAUGAACUUAAUCUAGCACAAGAUACUGUACUUCAAGCUAUUGAAUCAGCUCUUGAUAGACGUCAAUUAACUAUACGUAAUGGAAGUUCAGCACAACAAUCUGUUGUUGUUUAUCAUAUGCAUGAAAAUUUUCGAUUAUUUGCAACACAAAAUCCAAAUACAGGUUUUUUUAAAAACAAACGUGAAAAAUUAUCACCAUCAUUUUUGAGUCGAUUUCGACCGCUUAUCUUUAAAGAAUUACCUGAUAUUGAAUGGCGUGAAAUAGCUCAUAGAAGAUUAUUGCUCUAUUUAUUUGAUGAAGCAGAAAGUUUAGCUGAAUUAAUGGUGUCGAAUUUUAAUGCUAAAAUUAAGAAAAUGUUAAAUAAUGAAGAACAAACAUUAAUUGAAACGGGACCUUAUGCCGAAAUUUCCAUUCGUGAACUGCUUAAAUGGAUUGAUUUCAUUACUUGGCAAGCACAAAAUAACUCAUGGCCUUCUGAUGGAACUCAACGAACAGCUUUACUUAGUUUUAGUGCUUGGUGUGUAUACGGUGCUCGAUAUCGUCAUGUAGGUCGAACUCUUGUAGAAAAAAUUUUAACAGAUGAUGGUAAAGGUGGUUGGGGUAGUCCAGCAUUAAAUGAUAUUAAAUUUACUGUCGAUCAUAAACAAAAUAAAAUCUUUUUUGAUAAUGUUCAAUGUUCAAUACGUCUCGAUUCAUCUAUUGACGAUUCUGAAAAUGAAUGGAAUCGUAUUAUAAAUUCUGCUGAACUUAAAAAUGUCAAAUAUGAUAAAAAUCUAUGGAAUUUAGCAAGUCAAACUCAUCAAGCUGUUCAUAAAUUAAUGCUCGAUAGAGAAUUCAUUUGUACACAUGCUGUCUAUCGUAUUGAUCGUUCUUGGUUAGAAGAAUGGAUUAUAUCAGCUGCACAGUCUCAUCGACUUGAAAAACAUGAUGAAUUUGCUAUACAUGGUUGUCAAUUAUAUGAGAAUCAUGUUCGUCAUACUGAAGCACAAACAAAAAUUCGUUCAUGUUUUAUAAAUAUAUUCAAAAAAGUUGAUUUUACUAAAAUAACUUUCAAAGAUUGUUUAGUACAACCAGAAAUACCAUAUGUUCUUACUAAUCGAGCAUUGAAAACACUUAAACAAGUAUGUUUUAAUCGAACUAUUAAACAACCAAUUCUUGUUACUGGUCCUGAAGGUUGUGGAAAAUCUGAACUUCUAUUAACACUAGCAUGGUUUUGUGGUCAACAAGUACAACAAUUAAAUAUUACACCAGAAACUGAACCAUCAGCUUUAAUUGGUCAACUUAUUCCUAAUGAUAAUAGUGAUAAAAAUGAACAAAAUAAAGAUAAAAAAUUAAUUUGGCAAAAUGGCUCGGUAACAACUGCAUAUACAACUGGUCAAUGGGUACUUUUAGAUAAUUUAAGUGUAGCCGAAUCGUCUGUACUUGAACGACUCAAUCCUGUACUCGAACAAAAUCCAAUGUUGUGUUUGACAGAAAAAGGAGAAACAAACGAACAAGAAAUGCAUUCAGAUUAUCAAAUGGUUGCUACAAUGACACCACCUGAUGGUCGUCAACAAUCACAUGGUAAUGUUAGUGGUGCAUCGAGUGAACUUUCACCAGCACUUUACAAUCGUUUCGGCAUUGUUCAUAUGAUGGACAUAUCAUUUAGUGCAACUGAUAAUUCAUCAGAAAUACUUCAAAUUGCUAAAGCUCUUCUAUCCGAUGAACCGGAUACUAAUCAUGAAUUAGCUGUAAAAUUCUGUCAUAAAAUUCUUGAAUUCUACAAAAGUAACAAUAGAAAUUUUCCAAAAUUUACUCUACGAAAUAUUAUUCGGCUACUUGAUAGUGCUUACCUUUUACGUUUAAAAUUUAAAUCUGAACUCAAUUUUAUUUCAAGUCUUUGGACAGCUUAUCAUGUUACAAUUGCAAAUCAAAUUAAAAAUGAUGAUCUUAAAAAUGAAGUUACUAAACAUGUUAAAGAAUUAUUAUUGACUAGUAAAAAAUCUACUGAACUUAAACAACCUAAUUUUAUCGAUCAAAUUAAUCCAAAUAAAGAACAUAUUUUGACUAAUAGUCGACUUAAUUAUGCUAAUGCAGUUUUAGGUGCUGUAGCUUGCAAAAUUCCACUUUUACUCGAAGGUCCAGCAGCAGUCGGCAAGACAGCACUUAUUUCACAUUUAUGGAAACAUAUGAAAUCACCAAAUAAUAAUAUGACAUCAAAUUUAUCUUCAGUAAAACUUGCACGUGUUAAUAAUACAGAUACAACGACUAUACAAGAUUAUCUCGGUACAUUUCUACCAGUUAACAAGGAUUUUGUAUUUCAAGAAGGUGCACUCUAUCGAGCUAUGAAAAAUGGUUGGUGGUUUCUUGCUGAUGAAUUCAAUUUGGCUGAUCCAUCUGUUAUGAAUACUCUUUUUCCGUUAUUAGAAGGUAAAAAUUCUAUUGCUAUACCAUCAAGUGGAAAAGUAAUAAAAGCAAGACCUGGUUUUCAUUUCUUUGCUACGCAAAAUGAUGCAUCGUAUGCAAAUCGUCAUCAAUUACCUGUUUCAUUACGUAAUCGUUUUCUUGAAGUUCAAUUUGAUGAUUUUCCAGCAAAUGAAUUACCAAAAAUUAUCUAUGAACGUAAUGAACCAGGCAAAGAAAAGCCAAAAUUUAUUAAAAAACAAUCAAGAAUUACAUUUCGUGAACUUGUUAAAUGGCUUCAUAGACAUGCAAUAUUUUCACCUGAUAAAGAACUUUGGCCAAUUGUUGGUACAUCACUUUUAGCUGUUAAAUAUCCAUCUGAAAGUUUAAUGAACGAAUCCUUAAUGCAAGAUUUAAGAGCAGUAUGGCCAAAUAUAACCUUAUUGAAAAAUCCAACGAUUGAAAUACGAUCUAUUGGUACUAGUGUUCGUUUUCGAGAAGCUGAUCUCUAUGUUGAUGUACCGAAUAUGACACUAAAAAAUAGUAUUAUACCAACAUCACCUGAAUCAUUUCAUCGUUCACUUGUUCGUCUUGCUCUAGCUGUACAUGCUAAAGAACCUGUUUUACUUGUUGGACCAACAUCAUGUAAAACAUUACUUGUUGAAACCUGGGCUCGAUUAUCUGGCCGUUCUGAUGAACUAAUCAAAGUUCAUUUAACACCCGACACAGAAGCAGGUAAUUUAAUUGGAGAACUUCAACCAUAUUCAUUUCUUGAUUUACUCAAACGUUUACCGGCUAUGGCUGAACGUGUUUAUAUUCGUUUUCGAAGUCUCUAUCGACAUGAAAAGAAAACAUUACAAUUGGCAAAGCAAGAUGAUGUUUCUUUACAAACACUUACUGAUGCGAUUAGAAUAGAUCUUCCAAAAGCUAUCGCUGCUUUUGAAAAAGCUUAUUCACUUAACGAAGAACGUCGUCAACAGAAAGAUGAAAUUGUCGAUGAUUACGAUGAAAUCAUUGCAAAAGCUAAAGAACGACAGGCAUCGCUACUCGAAGAACCUAUUCAAAACAAUUUUCUUAAUGUUAGAUCAUCACUAUUAAAACCUUCAUCUGGAAGAAAUUCACCUAUGCCGAGUUUUAAAAAAAAAAUUUAUGAUGAUGAUGAUGGUGAUAUAGAUAUGGCGUUGUUAGAUAUGAAUAUGACAAAUCUAAACUUUUCAUAUGGCAAAAUAAAUGAUGAAACUAAUACUUCUGUGGGUUUAAAUGAUGGCUUUGGUGGUAUUAGUACUACCACUGAUUUAAAUGAUGGUUUUGGUGGCUUUAACAAUUUUAGUAAUCAGAGUUCAGCAUCAAAAGCUAUAAAUAAAGUUACAGUACAAACUCUAGACGAUGGUUUCGGUGGCUUCACUUCCAAUACCGAUGAAAUUCCACUGCCAGUAUCGACAAAUAGAAUUACAACAAACACAACAGACGAUGGUUUUGGUAGUUUCAUUUCGAAUGUAAAUCAAAGUUUAGUAACAACAUCUGACAAUCAAACUACAACAAAUACAAUCGAUGAUGGUUUUGGUAUAUUAGUUUCGCCAUCAACAACGACUACUCAGUUGCAACCUAUUAGUCAACUCGAUGAUGGCUUUGAUUUACUUCAAUAUGUAACUCCAUCACAAGAGACAAAAGAACCAUUCAUAAUUACAAGCGAUGAGCAAGACAAUAAUAUUAUUAAUGAUGGUUUUUCAAGUGUAAUUACAUCGAAUGUAUCGAUUACCAAUAAUUCAUCUUCAUCUCAAUCAUCACUUUCUACGACUUCAACUAAUAAAAUAGAUGUUCCCGAAGAAUUAUUACAAAUUAUGUCAGAUAUUAUUGAUAAUUUUAAGUCAAUGUUUGGACAGACAACUUAUGCAUCAUUCAUAUCAAAAGAUGCAGCAUUACGUGAUUAUCAUGAUAAAUUUCUUAAAGCUUGGGAUUGUCUCAAAUCUCCAGCAUUCGAUCGUAGUAAACCAAUUUUUCUUUUCAAUGAUGGACCAGUGACAACGACAGCAAAACAAGGUGCUAUUCUAUUUCUCGAAGAUCUUGAUCUACCAAGUCAAGCUGUAAUUGAACGACUUAAUUCAAUGCUUGAACCAAGUCCAACAUUUGCAUUAACUGAAGAUAUUACUAGUCAUGUUGAUAAAGGUCAAUUAGAUAUUAAUCUUCCAAAUUAUUUUCAAAUAUUUGCUACUGUUCAUCAAGAACAAAGUCAUCAAUUACUCAAAUUAAGUCCAGCUACUCGAUCACGUUUUACAGAAAUUCAUAUACCAUCCUAUUCUGAUGAUGAUCUUAAAAUAAUUGUUAAAGCUGAGUUAACUAAAAUCAAUAUAGAUAAGAAGGAACUCGAUUCAUUUGUUAAUACAAUGUUUUUAUUACGUAAUAAAUUAAUUCGUGAUACAGAAUGGAAACUUAAAAAUGAUAUUCAACUUCUAUUUCGUUGGACAGAUUUUAUUAAAAAUCAUCAUCAAGAACUUUUACUUACUCAUCGUAUGUUACUUGGUGCACGUUUCUUCUAUUUUGAUCAAUUACCUAUGCCGAGGCAUGCUGCUCUUUUCGAAGAUUGGCAUAAGAAUGUGUCAUCUACAAUUGAAUAUAAGGACUAUGAACAUAUUUUUAAAGUACCUGAUCAUACACAUGGAGCAUUGACACUUGAAUUGAUUGCAUCAGAAAAAUCAUCACCAAAAUUACCAUUUGAAGUCGGUCAUGAUUAUGUAAGUUUACGUUAUACUGAUGUACGAUAUUCAUUCAAUCCAAAAUAUGAUACAAUCAAUAUUGAAACACUUAAGAAAGAACUUACAUGUGUACCUACUCCAACAUUACUCAAUCAAAUUGCACGAAUAUUUGCUGCUUCAUCAUCAAAAACACCUCUUCUUCUUGAAGGUCCACCCGGUAUUGGUAAGACACAAGUUGUUACACAAGUUUGUCAACUAUUAAAUAAAGAAUGUGAACGUAUAAAUUUAUCAUCAAAUACAUCACUUGAUCAAUUAAUUGGUUGUAUUAUUCCUCGAUUUAUAAAUGGUAUUCGAACAUUUCAAUGGCAAGAAGGUCGUGUUUUAUCAGCAAUUAAAGCACAAAAAUGGAUUCUUUUCGAUGAACUUAAUUUAGCUACACCUGAAGUUCUCGAAGGUCUUACACCUCUAUUUUAUCGAGGUGUGACUGAAUUUCUUGUACCAAAUACAGGUGAAAAAGUUCCAUUGAAAAAUAUUCUUCUAUUUGCUACAAUGAAUCCAUCAACAAUAGGUGGUGGUCGUAGUAAAUUACCUCGUUCAAUUAGUAAUCUAUUUACUAUUGUUCAACUUGAUGAUUAUUCUGAAGAAGAAUUACGUAUUAUUCUUAAUCAAAUAUUUAAAAAAGAAUUAAAUGAUGAUAAAACAAUAACUAUGUCACAAAUUGAAUCACUAUUUGAUAUGCAUACAUCACUUAAAUUACUUGUUCGUGAAGGAACACUUGGACGUACAGGUGGACCAUAUGAACUUAAUUUACGUGAUUUAUCAAAAUUUCGUGAUGUAUUUCGUGGUUCAAUUAAAAGUCAAUUAUUUCAUUAUCAAUAUAUAAAUACAACUGAUGAUGAAGAUAAAGAAACAAAAUCUGAUGAUAUAACAAAACAAAAUGAAUUAAAUCCAACAAUGAAUACAUCAGAUGCAAGUUUCUUAUCGAUUCGAAAAUUUGCUCAAGUUGUUUAUGCAUGUCAAUUUCAAGAUCAAACUGAUUUUACUAAAGCAUGUAAAAUGAUAAAUACAAAAUUUCCAAUUAAUGAAACGUUAAGUAAACGUGAAAAUGAUUGUUCAAUUGAUACGGCUGUUGCUAGUGUUGUUCGUAUUGGUUCUAUUUAUAUUAAUACAGGUAGUGAAGAUGUAUCACCAUCUAAUAUUGGUCUUAUUCAUACAAAAAAAACUGUUCGUCAACUUGAAUUACUUGCAGCAGCAUGUCAAUCAAAACGAGCUAUUCUUCUUGAAGGUGAUAUUUGUUCUCGAAAAUCUUCUCUUGUUAUGGAAUUAGCUCGUAUAACUAGUAAUCGUCUUAUUAUUAUUCCAUUACAUGAAAAUUUUGAAACGACUGAUUUAAUAGGUUCAUGGUUACCAACUGAUAAUAAUCAAUCAAAUGAAUCACCUAUAUUUGAAAAAAUUGAUAAAAUGUUUAAACAAAUUAUUAAAGAUUUAUUUCUAUUUGUUAUGCCAUUAUUAUUUGAUGAUAGUAAUAAAUAUGUUUUUGAUAAAUAUCGAACAAUUCUUCAAAUACGUAGUAAAAAUUCAUUUAUUAAACGAACUGAAACUAUAAAAGAAGAAAUUCAAGCAUUAAAUGAUACAAUGACACUCAUGAAUGAUAUAUGUAAAAUUCCACAAAUGCCAAAUGAAAUAAAAUUACGUCUUUCAUGUUAUUCACGUCAAGCUGAAAAUUUCAUUACUAAAUUAAAUAUUCUUCGUGUUACUGAACAACAAGAAAUAGGUUUUACAUUUGUUGAAUCAGAAUUUGUUCAAGCUAUACGUGAAGGUUGGUGGGUUCUUUUAGAUAAUAUUAAUAGUGCACCACCAGAUGUACUCGAACGACUUAAUUCUCUUACUGAAGAUAAACCAAUGUUAUCAUUAUAUGAAAAUUCAAAAGGAGAAGUACUUAGAGAAAAUCAAGGUAUACAUCAAAAUUUUCGUCUAUUCACAACAGCUAAUCUUAAUCGUAUAUAUUCAAAUAAACUUUCAUCAGCUUUUCUUAAUCGUGUUAUACGUAUUUGUUUACCACAAAUUGAUGAUUAUGAUAUUAAAACUAAUAAUGAUCCAACAACAAGUGAUUUAUAUGAAUUACUUUCAACACAAUUAAUUACUAUUCCAGCUGGAAAACAACUUGCUCAUUUACUUAUAUUAACACAUCUUAAUGUUAAACAAGAUGUUAAAGAUAGUAUUUUGACAUAUACAAGUGAUUUUUCUGUUACAUAUCGACUUUUAGAACAAUGUGUUCAUACAAUUUUCUAUCUUAUUAGUCGUAAAGUUAAGCCAGUUGAUGCAUGUUAUUGGUCAUUAAUACGUUGUUAUUGUUCAUCAUUACAAAAUCAUGAACAAUAUAAAUCAUUUAUAACUAAAUUACAACAAACAAUAGAUAAACUUAAUUUACGUUCAUCAUCUACAGUUUAUUCAACAGCAUCAGAUGAACUCGAUCAUAAACAAGCUUUAUGGAUUCAAGAAUCUCAACGUAUUCGUUCGAAAUUUAUUUCAUUUGAACGUUAUCUUAUAGAAUUAAUAUUUAAUAUGAUUAAAAUAUUAACAUUCGAUAAUAAAUCUAUUAAAUUAACAUGUGAUCUAUUAAUAUUAUUUAUUGAUAAUAUUCUAUUAAUAAUGACACCAUCCGAUCCAAACCUUAUUCAAUUAAAACAAAAAUUAAUAAAUAAUGAUAAUAUACAAAUAGAUUUAGAUAAAUUAUUAAUUGAUUUAAUGCAACAAAAAAGUAUUUCGGUUCAUAUUGAUUUUAAACAAACGACAAAUAAAGGACAAUUAAUACAAAGACUUAUAUCUGACGGAUCACUUUGGUUAUAUUCAACAUGUGAAGAAAUAAGUACAUUACUUGAAUUAUUUAUACGUAAUACAUCGUUUAAUGAUACACAUGAACGUCUUGAAUUUCUUCAACGAGUCAUGUCAAUUAUUGAUGUAUUUCAUCAAUUCUUUAGUUCAUCAAUCUUUGCAUCAUUUGAUCAAACAACUGAAUUAACACGUUUAUGUUCAAGUGUUAUACAAUAUAUUCGACCAUUAGUUACAUUUAAAGAUAAAUGUUCUGCAUAUGUACUUUUUCAUGAUCCAGCAUUUAUUGAUGCUAAAUAUCAAUUUCGUUUACAAUUAUUUGAAAAUUUUGAUAGUGGUCUUGUUUGGUCAUUUGAACGUGCACAAUCAUUUCCAAUACGAUCAACACGAAAAGAUCUACGUAAACUUAUUGAACAUAUGCUUAAUACAAAGACAAAUACAAGUAUGAUGAAACCAAUUCAAUAUUUUGCUACACUUCUCGAAUGGAUUAGUUUACAAUGGACAUUUGAUGAUUACCUUACAAUAAGUGUACGAAAUUCACUACAGAAAAAUGUUUGUAUUACACGAGAUUUUAUUCUUGAAUCUGAAUUAAAAUUUUCGGCAUUGGAAUUAAGUAAUAAAAUGACAAUAAUAAUUGGAGCUAUUGUACGUGAUUUACCAUCGGAAUCAAGUUCAAUUAAUAUAAAUCAUUCUCGUUUAAAAAAAGAACUUGAAUUAAAACGAGCAGCAUUAGAUAGAUGUAAAGAAAAUAUUCAAGAACUUGAAAGUCAACUUGCUGAAACAGAACCAUCAAAACAAUAUGAAAUAAAUGUAACUAAUCGAGGAACAUCAAAUUUACGUUCAAGAUUAUCACGUGAUAUAUCUAUUUUUCAUCCAGAUGAAAAUUCACUUCGUAGUCGAUUGAAGGCACUUGAACAAGAACAAACUACAUUAACACGAGAAGUAGCUACAUUAAAUAACGAUUAUAAUGAUUCUAAUCAUAGUCGUACAGCAGCAUUAGAUAAAGCAAUAGCUGCACGUGAAAAACUCUAUGAUGAAAUGAAAAAUUUACUUGAAUCUGAUGCAUAUAAAUUUGUUCGUGAACAACUUGAACAAUCUGAUGCUAAACAACUCAAUCAUCUUGUACGAUUACUAAGUGAAGCUCGAAAAAAUUCAACAUUAAUUAAUCGUGAAGGUUUACUUGAUACUCGUGCUAUAUUGGCUACAUCAUUUGGUCAUGAAUUAAUUGAACAUGAUGAUAUUCUUGAAUCAUCUUUAGCAUUUUUUCUUUUGGGUUAUUAUUUUCUUUCAUGUUUUGAUCAACGAUAUCAAUUUUAUAUUAUUUCAAAUUGGGAACAAAUUGAUAAUGAUAUCGAUAUAAAUACAUUAAAUCCUCAUGAUUUAAUUAUAUAUUGUCCAAAUAAAAAUCCUUAUGAAUGUUGUUUAUUAUCAACAACAAAACAAAAUAAUACAAUAUCAAUUAUUAUAUCAAGUAUACAACAAAUAUAUACCAACCAAUUACGUACUGUAUUAAAUGAAUCAUUACCUGAUGGUGUUCAAUGUCAUAUUAAACAAAAACUAUUUGAACAUAUAAAAACAACAAUAACAGAAAAUGGACAAGAAUUAUUUGGUUUAGCUUGUUUAAUGCAUUUAUACCAAGGAGAUGAUAUAACAUUGAAAAGAAUUGGUGAAAUUUAUGAUCAAAUUAAAAUUAUAUUUAAUGAAUUAAAAUAUUUUGUUGAACAUAAUGUAGCUGAACAUAAAUCAUCAACAGUAUUAAUCUAUCAAAAUAUAAAUAGAUUUCAAACAGAUUUAGAUUCACUUAUUCUAUCAAAUAUUUCUGAUGAUUUAUGGAUAACAUCAAUUCAACAAAUGUGGACAUUUAUUAAACCAUAUCAAGAAAAAUUUUCAUCAACUGUAGCACAAAAAAUUCAAGAAGAAUUACAAUAUUCUAUACAAUCAAUUGAACCACCUAAUUUAAGUAGUCGUUUAACAUCAUUAGGUUAUUUAGAAUCAUUAAAAGAAAAAUAUGGUGGUGUACAUAUGAUUAUUCAACAUUUAAAAGAUGGUAUGAGUUCAACAGCUAUUGAAAGUAUUCCUGAAUUUCAUAUAUUAUUUAAUUUUGUUAAUAAAAUAUUAAAAUUAUUAAAAUUAAUUGUUCAACAUACAAUAUAUGGUAAAGAUGAUUAUAUUAAUGAAUUAUAUGAGAAUACACCAUAUACAAUUACUCAUUUAGAACAUAUUUUUCAGUUAACACUAUCUGUGAUUGAUAUUGUUAAUAAUCAAUUACAUAUUGGUGUAAUACAAACAAAAUCUGUAUUCGAUGAUUUACAAAUAAAACUUGAUGAAUAUUUAUUAAAAUUAAAAUUUAGUAAUAAACUUUUAAUACGAUAUAAUCUUACAAAUAUAAUUCGACCAUUAGGUAUAUUAUUCGAUCCAAAUCGACGUUUAGUUACAUUAAUUGAUACAUCAACUGCUACAUCAAAUGAAAGUUCAUCUAUUAUGAAAGAUCCACUUGAAUUACGUAGAAAACAAAUGCAAUCACAAAUUGAUGAAACAAUAAAGAGAUUAAAGGAUAAUUUAAUAAUUGCUAGUCAAUUACCUAUACAACCACAACCAAUUAUUCAACGUAUUCAUACAGCUUUACAUAAAUUAAAAACAUUCGAUAUAAAUCAAGAUACCGAAAAGAAUUUUAAAUGGCUUAUACAUGAAGAACGAACAUUAGCUGAUCUUCUACAAAAAUUUAUUCAAGAAAUAAAUCAAUAUACAACAUCUAAUGUUACUUUACCUGAUGAUGAAUCUAUUCAUGAAAUUAAUGAAACUGAACUUAGUUUAAAAAUUAACAAUGCUUGUACAUUAAAUUAUGAAAAUGAAUUAAAAAUUUUACAAGAAAAUAUUAAAAAUAGUAGUCAAGGUAAUCAAUUCAAUGGAUUAAGUAAUGUUAUUCGUUUAACAAAUGCACAUAUAUUAAGCCAAACGUGGUUACGUGCCGUAUGUCUUUUAAAAUCGGAUAAUAAUGAUGAACUUCGAGAUACAUUCAUGAAAUUAAAUAAUGAUUUAGCUAUGCAACUUGAACGUGGCUUGAAUAAUGAAGAAAAUAAAAAUACAUUAAUGGAUAAUUUUGCGUUUGCUUAUGCACAAUUUCGUUCUGAUAUACUUAAUGUCGAAGCUAAACAAGGUAUGCUUUCAAAUUAUAUUGAUGCUGCUAAACUUGUUAAUAGUAUUCAACAAUGGACAAAAAAAACAAAUCUUAAUGUAUUUAAUAUGUUUGACAACAUUAAAAAAAUUAGUUAUGAUUUAAAUCUUACAGAAAAUCGUAUGCAAAAUUUUACAACAAAUGUUAGUUGUAGUUUAUUACCAAUUGAUAUUCGACCGGAAGAUCUUAUUUGUUUAUUUAUACCUGAAUAUACAACUGUUAUGCUUUCUAUUUGUGAAAAAUUUAAUCAAAUUGAUGAAUUUCUUAGUGGACGUACUAAUAAAAUUGAACCAUUACAAUUACCAUCAUUUGUAUCAUCUAAUGGAGCAACAAAUGGUUUAUCAAGUUUUAUAUAUCGUGACCAAUCAACCUCAACACCAUUAUUUGAUAAACAAAAGCAUAUUCUUGAAAUACGUGGGCAUUCAACUAAAUUUAUUCAACAAUUAAUAGCUUUAUUUAUGGAACCAAAAAUUCAAUCGGAUUUAUUAAUGAAUGUAUCAAUGAGUGUCAAAGAAUUAUUUCCUAUUCAAAUAGCUCUUUCAUUUGCAUUAUUAAUUUUAAUUGAUUGGACAGCAAUGAAUUUAGAUGAUUUCUAUGAAAAUAUACAUUUACUUACAAUGACAACAUUACAAGAAAAAGAUGUUGAAUUACAAAAAAUGAAAACAAAUAUUUAUCAUCUUGAACAAGAUCUUAUUCAAGAUGAAGAAGAUUUAAUAAAAAUUUCUCAAGAUUAUGAAAAUGCUGAAAUUGAUCGUGAAAGUAGUAGAAAUGGAGCAUAUUCUGUUUGUGAUCGUUUACAACAAAUAGUAGAUAGAUAUCUUAUAGAUAAAACAAAUCUUGAACAACAAAUUAAAAAGAAAAAAGAACAACUUUCUAAUGAUCAACUUCUUCUCAAUGAAGAACUAAUAAUGUAUAAAAAUAGACUUAAACAAGAACAAGAUCAAUGGCUUUUCGAAACAGUUAACUAUUUAAAAGUUAUAUCAGAAAAACUAAUUACAUGUAUUACUGAUGCAAUCGAUAAACCUAUGCCGAACAACAAAUCUCAAACUGAUAUUUCUACACUAUUAAAUAAUAUUGUUGAUUUUUGUCGACAAAAUUUACUUGAACCAACGAAAACAAAUCUUAAUAGUACUAAUAUUCAACAAAUGAAAGAUUCUAUUAUUUCUGAAUUAAAUAAUAUAAAAACACAUGUUAAAGACAAAAUAGUUGAUAAUGAUCCAAUGUAUUCAUUUAUUUUUUUCUAUUGUGAUUUAAUAUGUAUAGGUCUUGAUUCACUUAUUCAUUCGACAUUAAGUUGGAAUAAAUAUGUUGAUACAUUAAAAACAACACAAAUGAUUGAAUAUGGAAAAACUAAGAAAAAAAUUAUUUUAUGUGAUUUAAAUCGUUGUACAAAUAGUGAAUGUAAAAUAUUUCUUGAUCAAGUUCGAAGUGGUGAAGAACAAACUAAAGUAUUAAAACAUGCAUAUGAUAUUAGUCGUCAAGUUCAUACUGAAGUAACAAAAUUAGAUAUGGCAUUUACUGGUCAAUAUAGUAAACAUAUACAAUAUUUAAUUAGAGAAUUUAAACGAUUCGUUGGUAAUUUACUUUAUGCUGGUUGUCUCUAUUCACAAUUACAAUAUGGUGUUCGAGAACCAUUUAGUGAAUAUCUUGUUGGCAUUGAAAAUGAUAUAAUUAAUUCACGUUUACCAAAAAGUGAAUCUGAUUUACUCAAUUUAUUAGAAACAUGUGAAAUGCAAUUGAAAAGUCAUAGUGAUGCACUUCUCUAUCAAACAUUACAUAUUGCAUUUACAUUUCGUUCAAAUUCAUUUAGUCUAUUUGAUGAAAUUAAUCGUUCUAUAAAAGAAUUAAUUCAAUUUGUUUUACCAUCUGCUCAUUUAAUUAGUCGUUCUUGGUUAACAAUUGAUACAUUAAUUCAUAAAAUAUGUCAAUCUGUAACUGUUGAAGAAGGUGAAAUAUUAAAAGAGAUCUGUAAAGAUUUUUCAAAAUUUACUGACGAAACAUCCGAAAUUAAUAAUCAAAGUGAUUUCAUUAAUAAACAACUUGAAUCAAAUUUAUUGAAAAUAAUCUGGGAACAUAUUGAAAAACUUGCAGAAAUUCUUGUUAAAAAUCGACCAUCAAUGAAAACUUUCAAUGAAAAUCUGCUUAAUCGAUGGCAUAGAACAAUGAAAGAAAUCUUUCGUGGAUUUAUUCAAACACGUAAAUUUAAUAUUCAACGUCAACUUGAAUGGAAUCAACGAAAUUUUAAACAAAUUAGUACAUUAUUUAAUAUUGAAGAUGCAACAUCAAAUAUGAAAACAAAUUCUAUCUAUCGAUUAGCUGAUAUUGAACGAGCACUUCAACAAAAAACUCGUCUUCUUGCCGAUGUCGAUGCUGAUCAUCGAUCAUCUCGUUUACAUCGAUUACAACAUCUUGAAAUUGUCUAUCAAUUAAUUGUGGGUGGAAUUGAUAAUUUAGAAGCGAUGCUAAUGAAUAUGCCUAUUCAUCAUAUUGAUUCGUUAUCCUUUUUUAAAUUAUUAAAUUCAACACGUGAAUUAUACAGAGCUAGUGAAAUAAAUCUUCUCGAACAACCUCUGAUUCAUUUGAUUAAUGAUGAUUCAAUAUUUAAAAAUUCUUUUCAAUUACUCGAUGGAAUUUAUCGAUUAGAACAAAGUGUAUUUCAAGAUCUAUAUGAAGCUGCUAAAGUAGAAAUGGAAAAUCGUUUCAAUGAAUUUCAAAGUUCUAUUAAAUUUAAAUUGAUUUUCGAUAUAGUUAAAUCAGAAAACGAUGAAUGGAAUAAAGCUGGCGAGAAUUUUAUUCGUUUACGUCAAGAAAAACGAAAAAAGAUAUCAUGGACAUAUAUUAAAGCUCGUAUUCAAUCCAGUAGGGUAUACAAGAGUCUUGUUUCCCAUUUAACAUUAACUGGUCAUUCCAAUUCUCAGACUAAUAUUGAUACAUUAUUUCAGUUUUAUGCUAGUGAAAUAUUAGUGUAUAUGGCAUAUCAUCAGAAGGGUAAUGAUCUUGCCUUCUCGUUGGCACCUCAAAAAGAAGUGCAAGAACUUAUUAAGUUGCAUAGUCGUUAUAAAAAUUCGUUUCAGCUAAGUCCAAUAGAUAAAAUGUUAUCUCUAGUAUCUGGAAAUAUUUCAUGGCUUCUAAUUAAAUGUUCAGAUGUUUAUUUAACUAGAAUCGAUUUACAGUUGUUGGUUGAAGAUGAUCAACAACCUGAAGAUACUUUUCUUCCUGAGCAACUACCAUCCGAUACUAAUACUCCAAAGGUCACCGAAGUAAAAGAAAAGAAGAUUAAGUACAAUAUUGUCUCUGAAAUACCAGUUUUUCUACAACCCAAAGAGACUGUUGUUAAAAUAUCCAUUUCAUUACCUAGAAUUGAUGCCAUCAGUAUUAAGAGAGGCAAUCAACAGAUAUUUCAACUAGAAUGGCGGAAAUUUGCCAUCGACCAACGCGAACAUAUCAUUGAUCGGUGUUUGAAUGUCAAGUAUUUUCGAGGUCAAAAGCAAUUCUAUGUAACUAAAUUAACUUUGGAUACUGAAUCAGCAACUAAUGGUCCAUUGCCGAGUGAAAUCGAACGAAAUUUAACCGAUUUAGAAGAACAAAUUAAGAAUCAAAUGAACAAAAUAAGUGAUAAUGAAGCAUGGAAAACAUUGAUUGCCAAUACUACAAUGCAGAAAUUUAAAAACAACAUGAAUCAAAUUGUUCAAUUGAGUCCAUGUUUACAAUUAACAUCGAAUGAUGUAUUAAAUCCAACAAAUAUUUAUAAUCUAUUCAACAAAUUACCUAACUCAGAAAUACAAAAUAGUUUGUUAGAUCUGAUACCAGUCAAAGAUUUCUCAGCUGUGCCACAAGAUAUUCGUAUUGUAGAGGACUUUGACCCAGCUUUAGAAUACGAAUUUAGUCAUGUGUGGACUCGAUCAAUGGAUCGUUCCUUUCAAUCGAUUAUUAAAUGUCGUGAUCAAGUCUAUUUCGACAUAUAUUUGUAUGUCGAUCAAUUACGUUUAAACAAAUGCCAGUUGUUUCUAUUGUAUACCUGUGCUAAUACAUUGUCAAAUAAUAUGACUAGUAGUAUUCAAUCAGAUAUUAAUACCAUGUUAGCAGAAUGUACUAAAUUUUGUAAACUUAAAUAUUUGGAUAGACCAGAAUAUGUUAGACAUUUAGAACAAUGUCAACGUCUCAUAUAUGAAGCACAACGAAUUUAUCGUACAAUGAAACGAUCAUCGAAUAAUUGGGCAGAAAUAAAUGAUCUUUUUGAUUUAUCAUCAUUUAAGAUUGAAACUAAUCUUAGUAAUGCUUUUCUGCAUUCACAAAUGAGUCGUGAUACUCACAUGUGGUUAGUUGAAAAUAUUGGAUCGGAUACAAUAUCAACAAUAAUAACAUGUCAUCCGAAACCAGCUGUACUUGAUUUUGGUGUUGCACUUCCUGGAAUUCAUCAACGAAUGACCCAACGAAUAUAUAUUCAUAAUGAAGUUGAUCGUGAUUUAAAAGUAAAAAUCGAUCGAAGUACUAAACCAACGGAUACACCAUUUGAUGUUACGAGUGAUAAUCUACAACUAGCAUCGGGCGAUAUUUGUGAAUUAGAAGUUAUCUUAAGACCACCAACGAAUAUUUGUAAUUUGAAAGAAGGUUGGGAUCUUAUUGUUAAUGAUCAAACUAAACUUUUGAAUACACUUCAAGUACAAGCAGAAAUCGUAGAAAUUGAUCUUAAAAUAUCAUCAGAGACAAUUGAUUUUGGUAUAGUAUCUUGUAAUAGUCAUCGAAUAGAAGAAAAUAUUCAAUUAGAAAAUAUUCUUCCAUAUUCAGUUCGUGUUAAAGCACAACUAAAACUACCAGAAAUUAAUCAAUAUGAUUCAGUUCUAACAAUAAUCAAUAAUGAAUUCACUAUACAAGCUAAAUCUAAAAUAUCUUUCGGCAUAGCAUUGGAAACAUCAAAAAAUAUGGAAGAAACUAUUGAAGCAGAUGUUUUUCUGGCAGUGGAUACACCUAAAAAUAUUAAAUCGAUUAAAAUUAAUGCUAAAAUUCG